UUUUCGGGAUUGGGAGCAGGAAAGAGUUUGUUAUUCGCUAUUGGCUUAGUACGGCCUAUACAUAAUAGGGCCAUGACACAACGGAUAGCGGACGGAAGCGAGGAAGGGGGAACCCUACCGACCGCAUGCCGAAAAUGCAUUUCUCCUUUGAAUUACUCAUUGAAUAAAAUGGAAUUUUUCCAAUGUUUUCCCGUCUCGAACUCCGCUUCUCUAAGAUCCUGGGUAAGAUCUUCUUCUUACACGCUGAUCUUUUAGGGUUAAAAUUUCUUAUUUUUUUUCAUAACGCUCUUCUUGGGUGCUUUUUUUUGGCCACGUUAUCAGGCGCGGACUAGUCGCUUUUUCACUAUUUUUUUUACUGUCUUCUUAGGGCUAUCAUCUUUCAUGACCGCGGCGGAAUGUAUGGAUAAUAAUAAUGAAGCUCCCCAUCCCCAGGUUCCUGCCGCCCCACCUGCGGGACUAGAGGAAGAUAUAAGGGGCACCUUACUAAAUAUAGUGAGCGAGCCCGCGGGGCCACUCGAAUUACCAAGCAUUAUAAGAGAAAUGAGGGGCUUUUUCUCCCACUACGCCACCGGUGGGAGAAAUCCUUCCACCCGGAACAUUCAGACUUGGUUAGCAACAGAAUUUUCGAUAGACCAAUCCCAAACGGACGAAAGGGCGGCAAUCAUCGCCGCAAUGCAAGAAAUAAAAGAAGAAUACCCCCCGGAUUCUUUAUCUCCGGGGCAAGCUAAGGAUCAUCUUUAUAAUAGAAUGAACACCUGGCUAGAUGCCAGGGGCAGGGAGAACCUGAAUUUGCGAAAAACGAGUUGGCCUCCAUUGAGUUAGUUAGGGGUAAGAGGGGACGGGCCCGUAUAGAAAGUAAAUCCUUCUUUUUCCGAUAUGCCGCUCCGCAAGCAAGGAGUGCCACGCACGAGCGGAGCGAAAACUAAGCAAGGGGAAUUCCGUCAUUCCAUGGAAAGCAUGCGAAAUCCUUUGAUUGUUUAUAGAAUCAAAAUCACUAUAUAGUCUUUCUUGUUCCACUUGCAAGGCAAGGAAAAAUAAAAUGUCAGUUUCGUUAUUACAACCUUAUUUUUUUAUGUCAAAGACAAAAAGCUACGCGCAAAUUCUCAUUGGAUCUCGGUUGUUCUUAACAGCGAUGGCUAUUCAUUUAAGUCUUCGGGUAGCACCACCAGAUCUUCAACAAGGUGGAAAUUCUCGUAUUUCGUAUGUACAUGUUCCUGCGGCUUGGAUGAGUAUAGUUAUUUAUAUCGCGACAGCUAUAAACAGUUCCUUGUUCCCAUUAACAAAACAUCCCCUUUUUCUUCGCUCUUCCGGAACCGGUACAGAAAUUGGUGCUUUUUCUACUUUGUUUACGUUAGUGACUGGGGGGUUUCGGGGAAGGCCUAUGUGGGGUACCUUUCGGGUGUGGGAUGCUCGUUUAACUUCUGUAUUCAUCUUGUUCCUUAUUUACCUGGGUGCACUGCGUUUUCAAAAGCUUCCUGUCGAACCGGCUCCUAUUUCAAUCCGUGCUGGACCGAUCGAUAUACCAAUAAUAAAGUCUCCAGUCAACUGGUGGAAUACAUCGCAUCAACCUGGGAGCAUUAGCCGAUCUGGUACAUCAAUACAUGUUCCUAUGCCCAUUCCAAUCUUGUCUAACUUUGCUAACUUCCCCUUCUCUACCCGUAUCUUGUUCGUUCUGGAAACACGUCUUCCUAUUCCAUCUUUUCCCGAAUCUCCCUUAACGGAAGAAAUAGAAGCUCGAGAAGGAAUACCACUAAAAACCUAGUUCGCUCUCAAAUAAAAACCUAGUUCACUCGCUAAAGCAUCCAUGGCUGAAUGGUGAAAGCGCCCACCAACCUAGAAAGGCAAAAUGGGUCAAAAAGUAGGUUCGAUUCCUGCCGGAUGCACUGCCUCUUAAAGACAGAAACAGAGGAGGGAAAGAAGGUAGUAUAGGGAACUUGCUUUUGGAUUCUUAUCGAAAGUGAAUCCCUCUAACACUUCAGUUAGUGUUUUAUGAGAAAAUCUUUGCAGCCUAGACACAACAAGUGUGAAAAUCUUAGUCACUAGGCAAGAAUGGAAAGAAUUUAUUAUUCUUUCCAUUCUUCCAGAUCAUUCU